GUGAUAAAAUAUCAAUGAACCAUGCUUACUGAUUUGGAGAAAUUGGCACAGAAAUCUCUACUAGAACUCCAAGCAAAAAUUCUAAGCAGAAAUUUUAACAAUGAGACUCACUGUAGAUCAUGUUCAGAGGAGAAUUUAGUUGUAAGAAACAUAAAAAGCUUUUAGCUAACAGCAAUGACUAAGACAACCUUAUCUUUCUGUUGUAUGAGAAAUUCCAAUUUUAUGUAAGAGAGCCCUACGUAAUAAACAAUAUAAUUCAUAUCAGAAGAUGAAAAUAGGGAUGCCUGGGUGGCUCAGCAGUUGAGCACCUGCCUUUGGCUCACGUCGUGAUCCCAGGGUCCUGGGAUUGAGUCCCACAUCAGGAGAAAACUAAAAAAAAAAAUUUUUUUUAAAGAAAUUUUAAAAUAUAAUAAAAAUAAAAAUAAAUUUAUUCCCAUGAAUAAAAAAGAAAUUCUCCCAUAAAUAAUUUUUCUUAUGCUAAAGAGUUAGCCAGAUUGUGUAUGAGGGGCCUGGGUACCUGAGCAACCUGUUUUCUUCAGACAUUCAUUGAACGACCACUUACUGAGCAUCUGUAAAUGAAUGACAGUCAUUGUCAGCCCUGGCGCUACAGCUAUGAAGGAUGGAGGGUCCUUGCCUUUUUGAGCCUUCUAGCCUAGUGGCUAGAGGAGGGGGUGGAGAUGGACAAGCACAUAGUCCCAAAGGCUGUCCCAGUCAUAAGUGGUACUCCAGAAGAGUACAAGAUGUCCAGAGAGCAUUUAACCUGAGGACCUCAACUAGGGGAGGGGAUUACUCAGGGUAGGUGUCCCCAGGAAGUGAUAUUUAAAAUAAGGCCUGAAAAAUGAAUAGGAAAUAAUCAGGUGAAUUCCAACAUGAGUUCUAUGUUGAAAGGGUUGAGAAUAUAGUUUUAGGGGGAAGGCCUCUCAGGUCAUUUUCAGGACUUUGGGCUUUAAUGGAAAGGUAAUGGGAACCUUUUGAAGGAUGUUAAAUGGGAGAUGAGAUGAUUGACUAAGUUUGGGUUUUGAAAAGGUCAUCAUUACUGUUGUGUGGAGACUGGUUUGCAGGGUUAGGCCAUGCUGGUAUCUAAGAUACCUUCAUGCAGACUGGAAAAGAACUCCCCUUCUGGGUGGACCAGUUAGAAAAGAUGCACUACUUUGUCCUAGCGAGGCCAUGCCAAAGGGCUCAGGCCCUGAAGCCUGCUGCUUUGCACACAUACCCUGGACAGGGGCAAGAUGGGGUAUGGGGGCAGAGUACAAAGGUAUUUGCUAUCACCUAGGGAUGGUGCAGUGAUGCUGAAUAGAAGCCAAAGACGGAGGGGUUGGGUGGAGGAGGGAGAGGGAGAGAGAAAGAGAGGAAGAUUGAAUUUGCAGCUGAAGUCAGUCUGAAAGUGGUGAUUAUUGGGAUGUGGUUGAUGGACAGGGAGAUAUCAAGGAUGUUUUGAAAGUUUCUGGCAUAAAUAACUGAGUGGGUGGAGUGGUGAAACCAUUUAUGGUGUUAGAGAACCCUGGAGGAGCAGGGGGUAGGCUUGAGAUGGGGGAGGGAAGGUGAGCCACUUGGAUAGGUUUUGCUCGUGAGACGUCCAAGUCCAAGUAGAGACAAGGAAUGGCAUCUGGAACUCUUGAAAGAAAUUGGGUGGAAGAAGUACAUGUUGGGAGCGGUCACAUGUAAAUAAUCAUGGCAUACACAAAAGAUCAUCUGAGGAGGAGUGGGGUUGGGGGUGAGAAGAGAAGGAGGUUGGCCCAGAGACCACUGUGUGUGGAAGAGGAGAAACAGCUGGUAACGGCUACCAAGAGACCAAAUAGACAUGCAAGACAGGCAGGAAAUGUGGGAUCUCUGGUUUCCUUUUCUUCCUUUCUGUCUCUUUUUCUCCUUCUCUCCUUUUCCAUUUGAGAUUGGAGAACUUGAGCAAAGUCUGACGGUGCUGGCGAGUUUCUGGUAAAGAAGGAGAAGCGAAAACAGGGGGAAGUGAGGAAUACGUGACUGAGCCUGGUUUCAGAGGAGGCAAAAGAGACUGGAUUCCGUUACACAGCUUCCAGGUUGAUGAUCCCAGCAAGAUGCUGGAGUAAAGGAGUACACCAAGGAACAAUCCAAGAUUUUUUAAAAAGCCUCAUGGGACAUAGCACCAUUGCUGAAUGCCUGGUACAUAUAAGAAACCUGCCUGCAUGGGAGGCACUCUACAAACACAGUAUGUUACCUGAAAUCUGAGAACUAAAUGAGCCAGACUUUAAUUCUAAAUGAUGCCUUUGCAGUUUUGCUAAAUGCAAACUAACAACUCUCAAGGCCACGACAGAAGAGAAAUCAUGACUGCUUAAAGCCUAGAAGACUGCCCUUAAUAGAGUAAUCCCCAAUUGUUGUUUGAAAUGCUGAGAACAUUGCUGCGGAGGAGACUUUUCUCUUAUCCCACGAAAUACUACUGCCUGCUUCUUGUUUUUUCCGUAGUCACCUUCUCUGUUUUGCGAAUUCAUCAGAAGCCCGAAUUUGUAAGUGUUGGACAUUUGGAGCUGGUUGGAGAGAAUCCUAGCAGUAAUAUUAAUUGUACCAAAGUUUUACAGGGUGAUGUAGAUGAAAUCCAAAAGGUACAGCUUGAAAUUCUAACAGUGAAGUUUAGGCAGCGCCCUCGGUGGACAACCAGUGACUAUAUAAACAUGACCAGAGAUUGUAAUUCAUUCAUCAAGAGGCGCAAAUACAUCAUGGAACCCCUUAGUAAAGAAGAAGCAGAAUUUCCCAUAGCAUAUUCUAUAGUAGUUCAUCACAAAAUUGAGAUGCUUGACAGGCUCCUGAGGGCCAUCUACAUGCCUCAGAAUUUCUACUGCAUUCACGUGGACAAAAAAUCCGAGGAUUCCUUCUUGGCUGCCGUGCUUGGCAUUGCGUCCUGCUUCAGUAACAUCUUCGUGGCCAGUCAGCUAGAGAGUGUGGUAUAUGCCUCAUGGAGUCGAGUUCAGGCUGACCUCAACUGCAUGCAGGACCUCCAUAGGAUGAGUGCAGACUGGAAGUACUUGAUAAAUCUUUGUGGCAUGGAUUUUCCUAUCAAAACCAACUUGGAAAUUGUCCGGAAGCUCAAAUCACUAAUGGGUGAAAACAACCUAGAAACUGAGAGAAUGCCAUCCAACAAAAAAGAAAGGUGGAAAAAGCAUUUUACAGUUGUUAAUGGAAAGCUGACCAACACAGGGACUGACAAAAUGCAUCCACCUCUUGAAACACCUCUAUUUUCAGGCAGUGCUUAUUUUGUGGUCAGUAGGAAGUAUGUAGAAUAUGUGCUAAAGAAUGAAAAAAUCCAAAAGUUUAUGGAGUGGGCAAAAGACACAUACAGCCCUGAUGAGUACCUCUGGGCCACUAUUCAGAGGAUCCCUGAAGUCCCAGGCUCGCUGUCCUUAAGCCAGAAGUAUGACAUGUCUGACAUGCAUGCAAUCGCAAGGUUUGUCAAAUGGCAGUACUUUGAAGGUGAUGUUUCCAAGGGUGCCCCCUACCCACCGUGCAGUGGGGUCCAUGUGCGUUCUGUGUGUGUUUUUGGAGCAGGUGACUUGAACUGGAUGCUGCGCAAGCACCACUUAUUUGCCAACAAGUUUGACACAGACAUUGACCUCUUUGCCAUCCAGUGUUUAGAUGAGCAUCUGAGGCAUAAAGCCCUGGAGACAUUAAAACACUGACUGUUCAUUUUGGGCAACGUUAGAAAUAAGAAGACACGUGCAUGAGAUACACCCCAUCUGAUUCUUCUGCCCAGUAAUAAACAUCAGAGAAACUAUAGGGGGCGCUCUUUGGGUUGGGGACUCCAAUUAGAAAUGUCCUUCGAAACUGUGGUUUCUGCGGAGCACAGUGGGUUAGAAAGGUUAUAGCAUCAAAUGUUGACCUAGAGUUAGCAGGGGCCCUGACAGGUUGGGAGGCACUGGGGGGGGGGGGGGGGGCG